CACAUUUACGUAAGAAUGGUUUGGAAGCCCCAAAUUCCCCCUGAAAUUUGGAGGUUUCAGUUAACUCCUUUUCGGAGAUGGAAGGGAAAGAUUGGGACGAUGAAGAGUGCGAUGACACUCUGACCAUGACCACCGUUUCUCGCCACUGUUUCGGCGACGAUUCUGAAACUCCGAGCUUCUCCAUCUCCAUCAUUGAGAACAUGAAGGAAGAUUAUGGCCUAUUCGUCUGGCCCUGCAGUGUAGUUCUUGCCGAGUACGUGUGGCAGCAGAAGCAUCGGUUUUCAGGAGCUACCGUUGUUGAGCUGGGUGCUGGAACUUCCUUGCCUGGCUUGGUUGCUGCAAAACUCGGUGCUCGUGUCACUCUUACCGAUAACUCCACCAGAUUAGAGGUUCUUGACAACAUGAGAAGAGUUUGUGAGUUGAACAAGCUUGAGUGCAAUGUGUUGGGAUUGACAUGGGGUGUUUGGGAUGCACCCUUAUUCAGUUUACAGCCCACACUUAUUCUAGGGGCCGAUGUGUUGUACGAUUCUAAUGCCUUUGAUGACCUCUUUGCUACUGUGACAUUCUUGCUCCAGAAUUCUCCUGGGUCGAUUUUUAUAACGUCAUACCAUAAUCGAAGUGGGCAUCACCUUAUUGAGUUUUUGAUGGGAAAAUGGGGCUUAAAGUGUUUGAAACUUCUUGACGGGUUUUCCUUCCUUCCAUCUGAUAAAGCAUCACUACUAAGUGGUAACAUUCAAUUGGCAGAGAUAACUCCUAUCUCAAAAGAUAAUGCUUGAGGCUUAAGCUAUAGUUUCAUGGUCUCCUCUCAUCAAGGGUACGGUUGGUAAGAUCGCAAUUUCAUCCCCUACUCCAUAAUACACCAUUAUGAUUCAUCGAUUAUGACAAUUACACUUGGUCUUCUCAUAUUGCCAUUGUGUCGAAUGUGAACUAUUUGAUUUUAGCCCCAGCAACUUUUUGUGAUAGAGCACUUGAGAUAUCAAGUUUAGACUUUUUGACGGAAAUUGAGGACAACAACCACAUGCCCCAAUUGUCCCUGUGCUAUUCUAUUUCACUGUAAUGUUUGCAUUUGCAAUUUUUUUUUUUUGUGAAACUCAUUUAUGAUUAUUUAAAACUAUUAUUCAUAAUUUGUGAGAAAAGCACUUGAUGUUUCUUUCUUCUGGAUUUUAACUUUUUCUUUAGAAAGUAUUUAUCUGAAUUCUUUAUAGAGAAUUAAUUGAAAAUAAAU